CCGCCCGCGGGCACGUCCCACCAGCUCGCCCGGCAGCCCUGCGCUGCCCCACGGUGCCGGAACCGCGCACCCCGCGACCACCCCGCCCCCACCCUCCCGCCGCAGCGCUCCCUCCCCGCCGCAGCGCAGCCGCCGCCCCCGGGAACCUCGUCACGUGCGUUCAGGCGGCGGAGCAGGUCUGCUGGGUUUCCUUGGUGCGUGUGCCUGCGCGCUGCACCCAUCCAUCCGCGAUGAUGUCUGCAGCAGCCUAGGGCGUGCUGGGUGCCUGCUGCGUGGCCUUCCUUGGGCUGGAGGAGUGGGGUGGUCUCCUCCACCGGGUGGGGGCGGAACAGAUCCCAGCCUGGGUUGGCCUGGCCCCGAGCUGGCCCUGGGACUAUGUUCCGGUGGCUCUUCAGCCUUUCCGAAGAUAAGGGGAAUAAAGAAGUCACCUCCCCAGCUGUCAUCAUCCGGCAGCAGAUUGAGCAAGAAGAUUCUGAGCACUGCAGAGAAGACAACCCAUCAACCCGAAGAUGAUGAGCAGCCCUGUGACCUCUUCAAGACAAGGAAUAGGAUGAGGGACUGUCACCAGAAAAGCAGCAGUAUAAAUGCUGGCUCAUCCUGGAAUCAAGUACAACCUUCAAAGAUAUCUUCGGGGAAAAGGCCGAGUGAACUGCAAGGACCCCGUGUCUCUUCCCAGCCAAGGAGCAGCCUUCUUGGUAUCUCCCAGCCAGCAGCAGAUAAACUUGUGGAAACCAUUCCCAGGGAGGGAAGACAGGAGCAGGCCGAGCUCAGCUCCAGGUAUCAGGCUGCCUCUGGAGGCAGGCUGUUCCUUGACUUCCACUCCAUGGAGAUCAUUAAGGGAGGUGCUGAUGAGGACAGUGCCAGUGACCUGUCAGACUCAGAGAGAGUGGCCAUCCCCCCUUCUCCAUUCACACCUCCAGAUCUCAACCUCCGAGCGGAAGAGAUAGACCCCGUUUCCUUCAGUCUUCACCCAGAGCCGAGCCAGGCAGAGUCUGGACACUCUUACCCUGACUUUCUUCCACCUCCUUUCAAUUCCUGGGACCUCCGGGACAUGGCUGUUGAGUACAGGAGCGAGGCCCUGCCUCGGGCCACGGGACUCCUUGGGAAGUACAUAGACAGACUUCUUCAACUAGAAUGGCUGCAGGUCCAGACUGUGCAGGGUGAGAAGGCCCGAGCUGCUAAGGCCAAGCUCCCUGGUGCUGCUGGGGGGCUGAAAAGCCCUGGACGGGGUAAGCUCCUUACCAGUUCUCUGUCUAAGCCCUUACCAUCCCCGGAAGGGAUUUCAAAGCCAGGCCCUUCUCGGAAGAAAGGUUUUCGCCAUGAAGAAGCCCACCCAUCAUACUAUGCAUUUGAGACUUUGCCUAACUCUGGGGAUGGUCCUGGCCGACCCAGGCUGUGUUCCCAGAAGCAAGCUCCGGAACUGAGGAUGGAGAAGAAGAAGAAAUCAAGCAAGGGCCCCAAGCCUCAGGUCCGUGCUCCACCCUAUGUGGAGGGCAACCCCGCCAUGGAAGCCAAUGGUAACAUCCGAAUUCCCAAGCAAUCUCCCGUGCUUCUGGACCGGGUGGGUUCCUACAGGGCCUCCAGGACACAGGCGCACGUGGACCUGAAGAAAAAGGGGAGCGCGAAUAACUGUGGUUGCGCCCCUUCAUCCGGUGAGAAAAAACUCAAAACAAAUGGAGCCAAGCAAAGCACAUAUAAGUUAAAGUGACCCCUGAGGUAAAGAAUUGUAAAGGCCUGCAGAUGCCUACAAAGAUGGGGGGGAGGGGCUCUCCCCAAAGCAGUGGCGGAGCUAGAACCCAUUCCUGAUAACUAACUCAAGCAGGCACUCAGUUACCCCAGCCCGCCUCAUCAGUUACUUUCUCAAUAAGGCUUAGUAAGCUCUUCUUUAUACACACAGUCAUAAGCACCCGAGGGAGCGCCCUGUAGGUAAAAAUUAACCUGUGUGCCUGGGACACAGAGGAUUGAAGCAGCCAGGCCAGGCAGUCGGCAUAGACCUGGCCCCAGUGUCCCUGUCUAUGUAGUGCAGGGGAAACUGUGUGCUGCUUUAAGGGAGAAACCCUAGCGUGUGUGAAGAAAGGCCCUGCUGGCUCACUGCCUGUCGCUUUUGCAUAAACCCUCAAGCAGAGUUUCUGUCCAGUCCUUCCCUGCUCUGUUGCCCCAUCCCCCAGCCUCAGUUCCACUGCAGUUAGGGAGCUCGCAUUUCUAUUUUGAGGGUCAUUUAUCUGAAGCGGUUCAUUGCCAGAGGCAAAGGCAUCCGGAUCACCCAUCUGAUGCAUUUUAAAAGGCAUUUUAAGUCCCGGGGUAGUGUUCUAGCCCAUUCCUGGGUUCUCUUAACUGAAGUUUGUGGAUUUUUCCAGAGCAGAGGCGACGGGCCCAACCAUUGUUGCUGCUAUCUGAUGAGGCAAAAGGAAAAAAAAAGGGGGAAGAAAAAGAAAAAAGAAUGCCUGGGCACACUAGACUUUUGGGUAGCCAUGAGCAAUCUGUAGGAUUACUCAAAAUGUAAGUCGUUAAAUUGCUGACUAGGGACCAUAUCCUGUUGUUCUGGGUCAAAACUAAGGCUCUAUUUCCGUUUGUAAGAGAGCAGGGUUUUCUAAUUAUGCCUGGGGCCAGCGA